ACGGGCACCGACUCUAUAGGAAGCCGCGCCACUGGUUUCGUAAUUAUUUGGUUUCAUAUAUAUCCACAUCGAUCUUGUGCAUUUCAGACAAUUAAGUUUGGAAAAUGUUCCUUUAUAACCUGACCCUUCAGAGGGCAUCAGGAAUAACAUUUGCAGUUCAUGGUAAUUUCUCUGGGUCUAAACAUCAAGAGAUAUGUGUCUCCAGGGGAAAAAUAAUUGAACUGCUAAGACAUGAUCCAAAUACUGGUAAAAUAUAUCCGGUAUUGUCAGUUGAAGUGUUUGGUAUCAUAAGAGCAUUAAUGCCAUUCAAAUUAACUGGUGGAACAAAAGACUAUAUUGUUGUUGGUUCAGAUUCAGGAAGAAUUGUUAUAUUGGAAUAUAUCCCAUCUAAAAAUAUAUUUGAAAAGGUUCAUCAAGAAACAUUUGGUAAGAGUGGUUGCAGAAGGAUUGUUCCUGGCCAGUUUUUAGCUGUCGAUCCAAAAGGCAGAGCUGUGAUGGUUGGAGCUGUUGAAAAGCAGAAAUUGGUAUAUAUAUUAAAUAGAGAUGCCCAGGCUAGAUUAACUAUCUCUUCACCACUAGAGGCACACAAAUCAAAUACAUUAGUCUAUCAUAUUGUUGGUGUAGACAUUGGCUUUGAAAACCCUACUUUUGCAUGUUUAGAAAUAGAUUAUGAGGAUGCUGAUCAAGAUCAUACAGGAGAAGCAGCAGCUAAAAGUCAACAAUUAUUAACAUAUUAUGAACUAGAUUUAGGGUUAAAUCAUGUCGUUAGGAAAUAUUCUGAACAGUUAGAAGAACAUGCCAAUUUCUUAAUAUCAGUACCUGGUGGUAAUGAAGGACCUAGUGGUGUAUUAAUUUGUUCAGAGAAUUAUAUUACAUAUAAAAAUCUUGGAGAUCAACCAGAUAUAAGAUGUCCUAUUCCCAGGAGACGUUAUGAUUUAGAUGAUCCAGAAAGAGGAAUGAUAUUUGUUUGUAGUGCUACACAUAAAACUAAAUCAAUGUUUUUCUUCUUGGCUCAAACUGAGCAGGGGGAUAUUUUUAAAAUAACAUUGGAGACUGAUGAAGACAUUGUAACAGAAAUAAGAUUAAAAUAUUUUGAUACUGUACCAGUAGCAGCUAGUAUGUGUGUUUUAAAAUCUGGAUUUUUAUUUGUUGCUUCAGAAUUCGGAAACCAUUACCUGUAUCAAAUUGCCCAUCUUGGUGAUGAUGAUGGGGAGCCAACAUUUAGUAGUGCUAUGCCCUUAGAAGAGGGAGAUACCUUUCUGUUCUCACCUAGACCUCUGAAGAACUUAGUAGUUGUAGAUGAGAUGGAUAGUUUAUCACCUAUAAUGAAUUGUCAGAUAGCUGAUUUAGCUAAUGAAGAUACUCCUCAGUUAUAUACAUUAUGUGGACGAGGUCCUAGGUCUUCAUUGCGUGUCUUACGGCAUGGGUUAGAGGUAUCUGAGAUGGCUGUGUCAGAGUUGCCUGGUAAUCCUAAUGCUGUAUGGACUGUUAAGCGUCGUAUUGAUGAGGAUUAUGAUGCAUAUAUUAUUGUAUCAUUCGUGAACGCCACCCUGGUAUUAUCUAUUGGUGAAACAGUAGAAGAAGUUACAGAUUCUGGAUUUCUUGGUACUACACCAACUAUAUCCUGUUCACAAUUAGGAGAUGAUGCUCUUGUUCAGAUUUAUCCAGAAGGUAUUCGACAUAUUAGAUCAGAUAAACGUGUUAAUGAAUGGAAGACACCUGGUAAAAAAUCUAUUGUAAGAUGUGCUGUAAAUCAGAGACAGGUUGUUAUUGCUUUAACUGGUGGUGAAUUAGUUUAUUUUGAAAUGGAUCCUACUGGUCAAUUAAAUGAAUAUACAGAGCGAAAAGAAAUGUCGGCUGAUGUAGUAUGUAUGGGUAUAUGUAGAGUACCACAAGGUGAACAGAGGUCAAGAUUUUUAGCUGUUGGUUUAGCUGAUAAUACUGUCAGAAUAGUAUCUCUUGAUCCCAAUGAUUGUCUAUCACCAUUAAGUAUGCAAGCCUUACCAGCACAGCCAGAAUCGUUGUGUAUAAUAGAAAUGGGUGGUACUGAAGCUAAAGAGGAUACAAAUGAACCAGGAACAUCUGGUGGUUUAUAUCUGAAUAUUGGUUUACAGAAUGGAGUCUUAUUGAGAACUGUAUUAGAUAUGGUUACUGGUGAUUUAUCAGAUACAAGAACCCGAUACUUAGGUUCCAGACCGGUCAAAUUAUUCAGAAUAUCUAUGCAAGGUUCAGAAUCUGUAUUGGCUAUGUCAAGUCAAACUUGGUUGAGUUAUACUUAUCAAAGUCGUUUCCAUUUAACACCAUUAUCAUAUGAAUCAUUGGAGUAUGCUUCUGGCUUUGCAUCAGAACAGUGUCCAGAGGGUAUUGUAGCCAUUUCCACCAAUACACUACGUAUUUUGGCUUUAGAGAAGUUGGGAGCUGUAUUUAAUCAAGUUUCAUGGCCUUUGCAAUAUACACCUAGAAAAUUUGUUAUACAUGAAUCAAAUAAUUUAGUUAUUGUUGAAACUGAUCAUAACACUUAUACUGAAGAAACACAAACGCAACGUAAACAACAAAUGGCAGAGGAAAUGAUAGAAGCUGCUCAAGAGGAAGAACAAGAGUUAGCAGCUGAAAUGGCAGCAGCCUUUCUAAAUGAAGAACGACCAGAAUCUGUAUUUGGUUCACCUAAAGCUGGUAUGGGAUUGUGGGCAUCUGUCAUUAGAAUAAUAAACCCAUUGAGUGGUGACACCUUAGAUAAAAUAAGUUUAGAACAGAAUGAAGCUGCACACAGUAUUGCAUUAGUGAAGUUUGCCAAUCGUCCAGAUGAUACAAUAUUAUUAGUUGGUGUGGCUAGAGAUUUAGUAUUGAAUCCCAGAUCAUUGAGUGGUGGUUUUAUUUAUGCCUACUUAGUGAAAGACAAUGGAAAUAAAUUAACUUUCUUACAUAAAACAUCUGUUGAUGAAGUACCUGGUGCUAUUACUUCAUUUCAAGGACGUGCUCUAAUUGGAGUUGGAAAAUAUCUUCGAAUUUACGACUUGGGAAAGAAAAAAAUGCUGAGAAAAUGUGAAAACAAAAACAUUCCCAACUUCAUUGUCAAUAUACACACAAAUGGAAACAGAGUAUUGGUAGCUGAUAUACAAGAAAGUUUCCAUUUCUUACGUUAUAAAAGACAAGAGAAUCAGUUGAUAGUGUUUGCUGAUGAUACCAAUCCUAGAUGGUUAACAUGUUCUUGUAUGAUAGAUUAUAAUACUAUGGCUGGAGCUGAUAAAUUUGGAAAUGUGACAAUUGUCCGUUUACCAACAAGUGUUUCUGAUGAUGUUGAUGAAGAUCCUACUGGUAAUAAAGCCUUAUGGGAUAGAGGAGUCUUAAAUGGUGCCACUCAAAAGGCAGAUGUAGUAUGUAAUUUUUAUGUGGGGGAAGUCAUAACAUCACUACAGAAAGCAACUUUAAUACCAGGUGGUUCUGAAUCCCUGGUUUAUACAACAUUAUCAGGUGCUAUUGGAAUGUUAGUACCAUUUACAUCACAUGAGGAUCAUGACUUUGUACAACAUUUAGAAAUGUAUAUGAGAACUGAACAUCCACCAUUAUGUGGUAGAGAUCAUUUAGCUUACAGAUCUUACCAUUAUCCAUUAAAGAGUGUGAUCGAUGGUGAUUUAUGUGAAAUGUUUAAUUCUAUGGAACCCAGCAAACAGAAAACCAUGGCAGAAGAGUUGGAUCGAACGCCUGCAGAGGUCUCAAAGAAGUUGGAAGAUAUUAGAACUAGAUAUGCUUUCUAAUGCUGUUCAAUAUAUUACAGUGGUUAUUAAGAACAGAAUCCCUAGCAUACUGGUCUUGUGGGUUUUGUUGUCGUUUGUACUAUAAGUGUAUCAUUUGUAAAUAUUUCAUCACCAUUCUGAUGUGUAUAAUAAAUAAAACAUUGUCAAGUCG